AUGAAAGGUGUUCGAUUUGCUUUGCGAUCCUUCAACGAUGGCGUUUCACGCCGAUUUCAUCAGCCACAUAUGAGAACCCUCUCCACAAAUGUAACAUCAGGCGGUGAAGUGGAUGAUGAGAAAAAUUCUAAUUCAUUUGAAUCUCCGGAUGAGUUUGAGCGGCGUAUUUUCGGUGAAACUUCUGGGGGUAAUUUUAGAUCAGAUGCCUUUUUCACGAAGCUUGAUAGGCUCGGGAUGGGUCAUGAUGGACAGGGUUUGAAUCCUUCUGGAGGAGGUGGAAGUGGAAGUGGUUCUCAUAUACUCGACGGCUUAGAUGAAAGUUUUAACACAUUAUCAGAUGGAAUGGAUGGAAAAUUAGAGAAAGCAGCCACCGACUUUGAUAUUGAUUACGAGGAAAUAAACCAAGAGGGCUAUUCUUACAGACCAGAUGUGAAUUUUGAGCUAGGAAUGACUUAUGACCUUAAAGAUCUUGAUCUUACUAAGCCAGGAGUGCGUAAGUUUACCCCAAGGGAUGAGUUUGAAGUAACUACGAAGGAAGUUCUUAGAAAAGCUGAUUUCAGGAAUGUGAGAUUCCUGGCAAAUUUCUUAACAGAUGCUGGAAUUCUCAUCAAAAGAAGCAAGACUGGGAUCAGCGCCAAGGCCCAGAGGAAGGUCGCUAGGGAAAUCAAAACAGCUCGAGCUUUUGGUUUAAUGCCUUUCACGACAAUGGGGACAAAGUCAUUUGUUUUUGGGAAAACUAUGGAGGCUCUCGAUCAAGAUUACGAAUACGAAAGUUAUGAUAACCCUAUGGAAGCCGAUGGAAAAGACCCACUGGGGCCCUUUUAG